CUUGCUCCGGACCAAGAUGAACAUGAAAAACAAACAGGAUGGUAUGGUUACGAAGAACCUCACGUUCAAUACGGAGCAAUGCUGACUUGCAUGGAACUAGGUGCCAUUCUGGCCCGCAAGAGACAGCCCAUGGCCGACGUGGACUCGGAGAAUAUUGACCCGACCACUCUCAAACACUCCAUAAAGCGGAAGCGUGCGGCCGACGACGAGGACGACCUGGAGCCUUCCAAGGAACCCUCCAAGCCAUUCAAAUCUUCCCGUGUGAUCUUGACCACCGUAGGAUCCAACACGACUCACCGCAUGCCUACAACCCCUGUCAAACCUACCCUGUCUACACCCAAGUCCGCUCCUAUUCUCAAGCCUGCUGGACGCUCCCCACAGACCAAAUCUUGCAAGGCAUUCACUCGUCGCUCUACCAUCGCCAAAAGCCGACCCGAGUCGGCCAAUCGGAAAACCGUGCAUCGUCCAUUCUCCCUGGCCAGUGCUUUGUCUGGCUCGAGGGCAAAGAGCCAGGCCACUCCCAAAGCCCCCGCUUCCUGGUCCUUCGACAUCUAUGUGGACACGGAGCAGGAAGAAAUGACCAACCUGAUGCAGCACUCCACCGGUGUCCUAGACAUCAGCGACCAGGAAGGGAAGGUGGAGACCUCGGGUCGAGGCAAGGAGAACAUCCCUCCCGCGGAGCUCGGAAUCGAGCUUCCUCGCUCCCGUCAGCAGGAGUCUCCUGCCGCUGCAGCCCGCAAGUCCGACAUGCUAGAGGAAUCCCGGAAGCCCUUGGGGGACCUGUGCGCGGCUGACUUCUACGGCGAUGACUGCCAUGCCUUCUCCUAUGCUGUCAUCUACGAUGACGAGGCAGACGAGGACGCAGAGAAGAAAACGCCUCUACCCUCUUUGCCUCGCUCGGCUCCCCAAACCAGCCGCAGCAAGCUGUCCAGCGUCUCCUCCAUCUCCGCUUUGGUUGAAGCAGCCACCCCUUCGAAGCCCGCUCUCGAACAAGAGGCCGGGCCGGCAGAGGCUGAGAUCGAGAUCUGGGAGAGCGAAAGCGCUACAGAAGAAGCUGCCGAUGUCUCCAGCGCUUGAUGUGCCUUUCCCUCCCCCAUCAUCAACCAUUACAUCAGGAGUUCAAAGGAGUUCUGUUUGCUUCCAGGGUCUGUAAAGAUUUGUUUUGGAUACCCUACUUAUACAGUCUUUUUGAUUUUUCGUUUCAAAGCUCUCAUGAACCCACCGGUUCCGUCACGGCAAGAAUUUCCUUGUGUUGUCCUUUUCCUAUCAUCCUCCACUAAAGCAUCCCCCCCCCCACACCACACUGUUCCUUGAUCACCUCUACCACCCUACCUAC